UACAAUGAUGUGCAUGUGAACUUCACUCAAGAAGAGUGGGCUUUGCUGGAUCCUUCCCAAAGGAAUCUCUACAAAGAUGUGAUGCUAGAGACCUACAGGAACCUCACUGCAAUAGGCUACAAUUGGGAAAGUCAUAAUAUAGAAGAGCACUGUCAAAAUUCUAGAGCAAAUAAAAGUCAUAUCCUCAGACAUAAAAGGAUACAUAUAGGAGAGAAACCUCAUGAAUGUAACCGAUGUGAUAAAGCCUAUGCAUCUAACAGUGAUCUCCUAAGACAUAAAGGAACUCACACUGGAGAAAAACCUUAUGAAUGUAAUCAAUGUGGUAAAGCCUUUGUACAUAACAGACAUCUCCUAAUACAUAAAAGAACUCACACUGGAGAGAAACCUUAUGAAUGUAUCCAAUGUGGUAAAGCCUUUGCAUAUAACAGUAGACUUUUAGUACAUAAACGAACUCACACUGGAGAAAAACCUUAUGAAUGUAAUCAAUGUGGGAAAGCCUUUGCAUGGAACAGUGAUCUCCAAAAACAUAAAAGAACGCACACUGGAGAGAAACCUUAUGAAUGUAACCAAUGUGGUAAAGCCUUUGCAGAUAACAGUAGUCUCCAAAGACAUAAAAGAACUCACACUGGAGAGAAACCUUAUGAAUGUAACCAAUGUGGUAAAGCCUUUGCAUCUAACAGUAAUCUACGAGUACAUAAAAGAAUUCACACCGGAGAGAAACCUUAUGAAUGUAACCAAUGUGGUAAAGCCUUUGUACGUAACAGUCAUCUCCUAGUACAUAAAAGAACUCACACUGGAGAAAAACCUCAUGAAUGUAACCGAUGUCGUAAAGCCUAUGCAUCUAACAGUGAUCUCCUAAGACAUAAAGGAACUCACACUGGAGAAAAAGCUUAUGAAUGUAAUCAAUGUGGUAAAGCCUUUUCAUGGAACAGUGAUCUCCAAAAACAUAAAAGAACUCACACUGGAGAGAAACCUUAUGAAUGUAACCAAUGUGCUAAAGCCUUUGCAGAUAACAGUAGUCUCCAAAGACAUAAAAGAACUCACACUGGAGAGAAACCUUAUGAAUGUAACCAAUGUGGUAAAGCCUUUGCAUCUAACAGUAAUCUACGAGUACAUAAAAUAAUUCACACUGGAAAGAAACCUUAUGAAUGUAACCAAUGUUGUAAAGCCUUUGCACAGAACAGUAAUCUCCUAGUACAUAAAAGAACACACACUGGAGAAAAACAUCAUGAAUGUAACCGAUGUGGUAAAGCCUAUGCAUCUAACAGUGAUCUCCUAAGACAUAAAGGAACUCACAGUGGAGAAAAACCUUAUGAAUGUAAUCAUUGUGGUAAAGAAUUUGCAUAUAACAGUAAGCUUUUAGUACAUAAACGAACUCACACUGCGGAGCUCAGAGGAGGCGGCGGCAGAGGAGCCCAGGGAACGGAGGCGGAGCCCGAGGGCGGCGGGAGACAUAGCCCGGGGCGUAGAGAGGCGGAGCCCAGGGAUGAAGGCGGAGCCCGGGGCGGGGACGGGAGAGGAGCCCGAGGAAGCAGAGGCGGAGCCUAG